AGUAUACAUGUCAGCACCACAAACACAAAAGUGAAGGGCAAGCAGUUAAAAAGCACCAAUGCCUGUAAAAGCUUUCAGUCAUAUAUUUUCAGUGAAUCCUCCCUGACGCACAGCCUGACACAUCUCAUUAUUCAGGCCUUAGUUAUCAGGCAUCAGGUCAGAAAAUUAAAGUGAAAUACAUGAUUAAAAGGACAUCAGAUUUGGAAUAUUUAUUAUCUUGUGAUCAAAAAUGUUGUUGUGGUUCUCCAUCUAGUUUAAUGCACAUACUCAUUAAAUUACCUCUCUUAAUGUUAUUGUGUCCCUGCUUUCUGUCUGAUGGAGCAGCUGAGGUCAUUUCAAUUUUUGAUCAUAAAAUUCUGUCAGAGGAUUUUUCUUUUGAAACUGUUUUCUAAGCACUUUUUUCAACCAUAAUUUCUGAUCUUAGGUGAAGGAUGAACUUAUGACGCUUGCAUGAAUCACCUCUCUGUGUCUCAAAUAGGCCUGUGAGGAAACCCUGUUCCUGUGCAGUCUAUUCUUAAAGGGAAGUGAAGAUUUGCUUGUACAGCACUUCGUUUUUCUUUUCAUGCAGACACCACUGUCAGCACAUACACUUGCAGCAUGAACCACUCAGCUGACCCGUCUUCUUCAGAGGAAAUGGCCCCUGAGGAGUUCGAUGGUGCGACAGCAGUGGCUUGUGUGAUCCUGGGUCUGUCCUUUCUGAUAGGAGCUCCGGGAAACGUUCUGGUGAUCUGGACCAUCCUGAGACACGUCAAGCAGCGUUCCCACACUGUGGUGCUCAUUCUUCACCUGGCUGCUGCGGACCUGCUGGUCCUCAUCACCCUGCCUCUGUGGAUCUACUCUCUGGCCCACUCCUGGGUGUUUGGAGAGGCCUCCUGCAAAGCCAUGGUGUUCAUGAUCAAUGCCUGCAUGUACAGCAGCGUUUUCCUCAUCACCCUCAUGAGUGUGGAACGUUUUGUGGCUGUGCGCUAUCCUUUUGCCUCAGCUGACUGGAAAAGGAAAAAAGCUCUGAAUAAAGUACUGCUGACUUUGUGGACUGCAGCUUUCUUGUUCAGCAUACCUGUCAUCCCAACUCAGGUUUUAGGGAAGGAUUCCGGUCAGGAGCACUGUCUGUACCGGCAGUACACUUCUGUGACCCAGGAGCUGGUGUGUGUGCUGCUAGAGACCCUGGUGGGUUACAUAUUGCCCUUCUCCAUCCUGGUGGUCUGUUAUGGCUGCCUCUGCAGCCGGAUUACUCAGAUGACCUUUAAGUCUAAGCGCAAGUCAACUGUUCUUAUUGCCAGUGUAGUGGUUGUGUUUGCCAUUUGUUGGACACCUCAUCACAUAGGAAAUAUCCUCUCGCUCAUCAAUCUGGCCAUCCAAGACUCCUUCUCCGAUACAGCAAAUAGUCUGGAGAAUGUCAGGAGCACCAUGACCUUCAUUGCUGGAGCCAUGGUCUUCAUCAGCAGCACUGUUAACCCCAUCCUCUACAUGUUUGCAGCUCGCUCCUUCAGGAGUUCCCUGCGUGACACCGGCAUCCAGAAGCUGUUCCGCCACAUCUCCAGCACCUCCCCAGGCGAGGGCAAUAGAGAAAUGUCCUUUGUGUCCAAGAGACACAGCAAUCAGACCCACAGCUCUCAGUGUGUGUCGGAGUCUAAAGACCAAAUGAACAUAUUAAUAAAAAUGUGUGAAAAUAAUCCAUCAUGAUAUUGAAAAUGUAUAGGUCUGUGCUGUGUGUCUGUGUAGAUAAUCUUGUGUAUACUGUAUGUAGUGUACAUUUAAUUAAGAUCAUUUUGUGUGAAAUUACAGCACAGAUUAACAGGAUGUCAGUUUGUCUGUGCAAUAUUUGUCAAAUUCUGUAAAUGACCCACUUCACGUGUUUUUAUUAUUGCAAUCAUAUAUUUAUAAAUAUGUUACAUAUUAUGUACUUAGAUUUAUGCCAUUUAGUAUUCAAAUAUAAGAAAUUGUGAACUCAUAAGACAAGUCUCAAUCUUUUUGAUGCCAGAGAAACUGUAUUGAUUAUGUCAUUAAUUCUGUUCAAGACAUUGCCAUUGCCAAAGAGAAAUAUUUUAGAUGUCUUGAUAAAGACAGGACUUUACAACAUUUUUAAUCUUGCUGUCUCUUUAUGUUUUGAGGAGCUGUAACAUCUCAAGAUCAUGAACAAAAAUUUUGUUUAAAUUUA